GUAUUCCUUGAGGAAAUGAUGUAUAAUGUUUUAUUGAUUCCCUUCUGAUCAAUCGUAUUAUUAGAAUGAAUUAGUUAAUGACAAGUUGACAUACAACAUGGAUUGAAGCAAAGAACAAAUGAGCUAUAAAGUUGGCCUCCCGAAAAGAUGAAUAAUGUCCUUGUCUCGGAUUUUAAGUUACCCAACUGCAUCUCCUUCUCAAGUUGUGAAGAUUCCCUUCUUCGUUGACUCUUCCACCACCAACCUCUGUCUUCCUGUGGUUUUAGCAGCCGCUGAGUUUCCCUGGAAGCCAGCCAAACAAGAACAGUCAAAGAUGAUAGACUGACCAGUUCCAAGUAUGGAUCCAGUCUCCUUCAUUCCUUCUCUCUUUAAACCCAUCCCAUCCCUCCCCUCUCUUUUCCUCUUUGUCCUUCAUCUUUCUUCUAACCAAGUUUAGAUCCCAAAUUUACAUUCAAAAGUUCCCAUUUUCCCUUGCCCAUUUACUCUCUGCAAUCUUUCCCGUUACUUCAUUCGCCUCUGAAUCUAUCAUGGGAAGGAAUAAUCACGCCAUAGAUCACUGGAGCUCGUUCGGGGGAUCGGUUCACGGCCAGGGUCAAGAACCCUCUCCCUUCAACACUACCAGCAAACCCAAUCUCAGAGUUCUCCUCCUACAUGGGAAUCUCGACAUCUGGGUAAAGCAAGCCAACAACCUUCCAAACAUGGACAUGCUCCACAAGUCCUUCGGCCAGAUGUUCACCAAGCUCAGCAACAAAGGCCAAGCCCUCCGCGGCAAGAUACCAACCACCGACCCGUAUGUCACGGUAUCGCUGUCCGGCGCAGUGAUCGCCAGGACGUUCGUAAUCGACGACACCGAGAACCCUGUAUGGAUUCAGCACUUCCACAACGUCCCAGUCGCACAUUUGGCCUCCGAACUCCAUUUCAUUGUCAAGGACGACGACGUUGUGGGAUCGGAAGUCGUAGGAGCCGUCGCGAUCCCAGUUCAGGACCUCGUGUCUGGGAACAGGAUCGAAGGUACAUUCCCGAUCCUCGAUUCCAACGGAAAGCCAUUGAAGGCUGGAGCUACAUUGACCUUGUCGGUUGGGUUCAUCCCAAUUGAUGGAAUUGAGAUCUACAAAGCUGGAGCUCGGUCUAAAGUUGGUUACAAUGGAGUUCCUGGGACGUACUUUCCACUCAGGAAAGGCGGGAAGGUCACCCUUUACCAAGAUGCUCAUGGUCAUGAAGAUGCUCAUGAUGUCAAGCUCGAAGGCGGAGCUCGAUACGAGCCUAGGAGCUGCUGGGGUGAUGUGUUUGAGGCCAUCAGCAAGGCGAGCAGGAUGGUCUACAUAGCUGGUUGGUCUGUGAACUAUAAGGUGAAGUUGGUUAGGAAAGGGAGGAAUGAUUGCACAUUGGGGGAGCUUUUGAAAGCCAAGUCUCAGGAAGGUGUUAGAGUCUUGCUUCUUAUAUGGGAUGAUCCUACUUCAAGGAGUAUCCUGGGACACAAACAUGAGGGAAUCAUGGGUACAGGGGAUGAGGAAACUCGGCAAUAUUUCAAGGACUCGUCGGUACAGGUUCUGCUAUGCCCGAGGUCGCCUGAUCAAGGGCACAGUUUCAUCAAACAACAGGAAGUUGGAACAAUAUACACUCACCAUCAAAAGACAGUGAUAGUAGAUGCUGAUGCAGGACACAACAGAAGAAAGAUCGUAGCUUUCGUAGGAGGGCUCGAUUUAUGCAAUGGCCGGUAUGAUACUCAAGAUCACCCCAUUUUCAGGACAUCACAGACUCUCCACAGAGACGACUUCCACAACCCAACAUUCGCGGCACCAGGUGCUGGCUGCCCCAGAGAGCCAUGGCAUGAUUUGCACAGCAAGAUUGAUGGUCCAGCGGCAUACGAUGUCCUCACCAACUUCGAAGAGCGCUGGGCCAAAGCUUCCAAGCCUCGCGGACUUCAGAAGCUGAAAGGUUCACUAGAUGAUGCAUUGCUGAAGCUGGAAAGAAUCCCUGAAAUCCUUGGGAUUUCAGAAGUCGCCCAAAUGAGUGAACAUGAUCCUGAAGCUUGGCAUGUUCAGGUCUUCCGUUCCAUCGAUUCCACUUCUGUCAAAGGCUUUCCUGACAAUCCCAAACACGCAACAAGCAAGAACCUGCUGUGCGGGAAGAACAUACUGAUCGACAUGAGCAUCCACGCAGCCUACGUCAACGCCAUCCGCACAGCGCAGAACUUCAUCUACAUCGAGAACCAGUACUUCCUCGGAUCAUCCUACGGCUGGGACUCCUACAACAACCUGGGCGCCAACAACCUGAUACCGAUGGAAAUAGCGCUCAAAAUCGCCGAAAAGAUCAGGGCAAAUCAGAGAUUCGCCGCCUACAUUCUGAUCCCAAUGUGGCCGGAAGGCGUUCCCACUGGCGCACCAACACAAAGAAUCCUCUUCUGGCAGCAGAAGACCAUGCAAAUGAUGUACCAAACAAUCCACAACGCGUUAAUCGAAGUCGGGAUGGACAAAACCCACGAGCCCCAGGAUUACCUCAACUUCUUCUGCCUCGGAAACCGCGAAGCAAGCUCGUCGAAUUCGGCCCCCGCCGCAGGAUCGGCGAAUACCCCUCAGGAACAGAGCAAGCGGAGCCGGCGGUUCAUGAUCUAUGUCCACUCGAAAGGGAUGAUCGUCGACGACGAGUACGUCAUCAUCGGGUCGGCGAACAUCAAUCAGAGGUCGAUGGAGGGCACCCGCGACAGUGAGAUCGCGAUGGGAGGGUUUCAGCGGCGGCAUAGCUUGGGGAAGAACGGGAAGCCUGCCCGCGGGCAGGUAUAUGGGUACAGGAAAUCUCUGUGGUCGGAGCAUACCGGAGGGCCGGUGGAAGAAGAGUGCUUCGACCGGCCGGAGAGCGUGGAGUGUGUGAGGAGGGUGAGGGCGAUCGGAGAAGAGAACUGGCGGCGAUUUGCAGGGGAGGCGGUGGUGGAGAUGAAGGGUCACCUGAUGAAGUAUCCUGUGGAAGUGGAUUUGAUGGGCCGGGUUGGGCCGCUUCAUGGGUUUGCGACGUUCCCGGAUGUUGGUGGGAAUAUCUUGGGCUCGUAUAUACCUUUGCAGCAGAAUCUGAAUAAUUUGGGCUCGUCGAUAGCCAUUCAGGAAAAUGUGAAUAGUUUGGGCUCGCUGAUACCCAUUCAUGAGAAUCUCACCAUUUGACCAAGAUACCACCAGGGGAAUUUUGUUUUUUUUAUUUUAUUUUUGUGUUUAUAACCUCUCAACCUUUUUUCUAAUUAAUAUACUGUGGGUUUUAGGUUUAGUGUUUUACGUUUUAUGUUUUGGUGUAUAAUGGUGACUUUUAAGUUUAGUGUAGUUUUUGGUGUAUUAUGUUGACUUCUUUGGAAGUUAUUCACUUUUACACGGCUUUGUACUGAAU